UCCUCGAGCUCGAGCACUCGCUAUUCCCUUCUUUCUUUCUUGCUCCUCUCCCCCUCCCCGGCGGUUGGCUUCCCCCGCUUCUCUCAAAUCCCCACGCCACCACCAUCCCAGCUCCCUCCGGCGAACACGCCACCGCGCCCGCCCACCACCGAAGCACGCCAAUUUUCCCCCAUCGUAGCCGUCAGCCGUCCUCCUCCGCUCCACUCGACUGGCGUCGCACCGAGAUCCAUCCGGGGUCAGACCGGUUGCUGCCGCCGAUGUGAGCUCUCAACUGUUCGGAUCGUUUAUAACCAAGCCCUGUUUUCAUUUCUUCGCAGCUUACAGUGAACCCUAUAUUCUCUAUGUUCUCUCUGAGAUAGCAUGUCUGAACAACAGGACCAAGUUAGUAAAAGCUCCUGCUCAAGUAUUAGCACCAGUACUCAGGGGAGUGAGGAUGACGGGACCGUCGGUGCACUUUUAACUGAAGCAAAGACCAACGGGCGCAGCCUUGGAAAGCGACUGUCCCACUUAGAUUCACUCCCGCACACUCCUCGAGUUAAUGGGAAAAUUCCCGAUUUUAGUAAUGCAACCAUAGACCAUGAAUCAUUAUUGGAAAGGUUGGGCACUUAUGGCUUAGCUGAAUAUCAGAUAGAAGGGGAUGGGAAUUGCCAGUUUCGAGCUCUGGCAGACCAGAUAUUCCGCAAUCCUGAUUACCACAGACAUGUGAGGAAAGCAGUAGUGAAGCAGCUAAAGGAAUUCAGGAAACACUACGAAGGCUAUGUACCAUUGGACUACAAGGUUUACUUGAAGAAAAUGAAAAGAUCUGGGGAAUGGGGAGAUCAUGUGACUUUACAAGCGGCUGCAGACCGGUUUGGUGCCAAAAUUUGCCUGCUGACGUCGUUUAGAGACACAUGCCUGAUCGAGAUAGUCCCCAGGGACGCCGCUCCUACAAGAGAGCUUUGGCUAAGUUUCUGGUGCGAAGUACACUACAAUUCUUUGUAUGCCAAUGAAGAUCUUCCCACGCGCAAGACCAAAAAGAAGCACUGGCUGUUCUAGGUAGGGUUUGCUGGUCGUUGGAUUCACCACUCCCCUCUCAUUCUUGUGCACUCAGUCCAGCAGCAUCUGCAUGUAGCCUUAUUUCAUACUGCUGAUGUUGUAAGCUGUAACCUGAAACAGACUCAUGUAAGCUUUUAUGUAAAGUGGAAUGCCGAAAAUUCUUUAUCGCAUGGAAGACGAGACAGAAAUAGCAGCUGUGCAGUUUGCCUUGGUUAA